AUGCCGUCCGGGUCUACGCAGUUCCGGUACACACAGACGCCGUCCAAGGUGCUGCACCUACGGAACAUGCCGUGGGAGAGCACUGAGGAGGAGCUCGUCGAGCUCUGCAAACCAUUCGGCAGGGUUGUGAACACCAUGUGCAACGUCGGAGCCAACCGCAACCAGGCCUUCGUGGAGUUCGCAGAUCAAAACCAGGCAAUUUCAAUGGUUUCAUAUUAUGCUUCAUCUUCAGAACCUGCCCAAGUUCGUGGUAAAACUGUAUAUAUCCAGUAUUCAAAUAGGCAAGAAAUUACAAACAAUAAAGGCACUGGUGAUUCUUCUGGCAAUGUCCUGCUUGUCACCUUUGAAGGUGUCCAGCCUAAUGAUGUUAGCAUAGAUGUUAUCCAUUUGGUAUUUUCUGCUUUUGGGUUUGUUCACAAGAUAGCAACGUUUGAGAAAGCCGCUGGUUUCCAGGCACUUAUCCAAUAUACUGAUGCUCCAACUGCUCUAGAGGCAAAAAAUUCGUUAGACGGAAGAAGCAUACCGAGGUAUCUACUGGCUGAACACGUCAGCAUUUGUCACCUGCGCAUAACAUUUUCUGCGCACAAAGAUUUGAAUAUUAAAUUUCAAUCACAUCGCAGCAGGGAUUACACAAAUCCUUAUCUUCCUGUUAAUCCAACUGCAAUCGAGGGAAUCACACAGCCCAUAUUAGGCUCUGAUGGGAAGAUUAAGGAGCCAGAGAGCAAUGUACUUUUAGCAUCAAUCGAGAACAUGCAGUAUGCUGUGGGAGUGGAUGUUCUACACACUGUGUUCUCUUCUUUUGGUGCUGUCCGAAAGAUUGCAAUGUUCGAGAAGAAUGGUGGAAUGCAGGCUCUAAUUCAGUAUCCAGAUAUAACAACAGCAGGAGUUGCUAAACAAGCUCUGGAGGGGCAUUGCAUAUAUGAUGGUGGUUACUGUAAGCUUCAUCUGUCAUACUCUCGUCAUACUGAUCUGAAUGUGAAGGCACAUGACGAGAGAAGCAGAGACUACACCGUCUCGGAUCCUAGUGCUCAGGUACAAGCUGCAGGUCAAGCCCCUGGUCUAAGCACUCCUGGAGCAGCAUGGCAAAGCACCACGCCUGCUGCUUUUUAUGGAAGCUCAGCAGGACCGACCUCUAUCGGACAAGCGCCAGCCUGGAAUCCUAACAUGCAGCGAGGGGCAUUUGCACCUGCAUCAACCUCGUACCCUACCCAAUUAUUGAUGGCAAACCCAGGCCCGCACUUUCCAGCAGUCGGAUCAAGCUCUGGUGCUCCUCCGAUGUUGUACCAAGCUUCGCAGCAGAUGGCACAUUAUGGCACAGCCCCUGCUGCUCUGCCUCAUGCAGCCUUGUCUGGCGAACCGAUGUACUUCCCAAAAUGA